UAUUGAUUGGUUGAGAUUUAUAUUUAAAAAAUGGAAUAAAUAAAUAAAUAAUUAUAUAUAAAUAUUCUACUUAAAACCUGUAUUUUAUUUCCACAUCACUUAAUUGAAAAUCGCUUCGCAAAAUGAAUCAUAAGUGUUUACUGUUUUUAUUCUUUACGUUACUGCAUUGUGUUACUAGUUAUUAUUUUCAUUUAUCGUGUCCAAAUACUUAUUUGGAUCGUUACUGUGCUUUGAGAAAUAGAAAUUCACUUAAAGAAUGUGCUCAGAAACAUUUUUCUACAAGAAGUUUUGACAUUUUACAAAAUUGUUACAAAUCUAUGAGUGAGAGAGGAAAAGACUUAACAAUAGAGCAAAUGUUCGAUGAAAUUUGUGACCUUGACCUCUAUGAAAUUAAUGGAAUUUCUGGCUGCGGAGAGUAUGCACUUUUCCUCGAUAAGAAAAAAAAUGGAACCAUAGCUGAGUUUGUUAAUGUAAGUAAUAUCACUUAUUACUAUUGAGUUUUCUCCAUUCUUACUUAUUAAAAACAAUUUAUAAUAGGAUAAAAACGUGUGUCCUUAUUUUAUUAUAUCAUCAUUCAAAAAAUGUAG